CUGGCUCUGUUUUCAUUUCGCAAACCCAUCAAGAAAACCAUUCCAUUGCUCACGACACAUUCCAGCAUUGUACCAGCUCCACCACCUCAAGAUGCCUCUAACAUCACCAGUGCGCUGGUCUUGGGGAAGACCGUAUACGAGGACACGGAUUGGCUGUUCAAUCGCGGAUUCAGCGUUGUACAUGUACUCCAUGUCCGAGCCCUCCGAGCCAGGCUACCUUGUGCCUCGAACCCUCAUCGGCCGCGAAGCCGCCGCAUUCAUCAGCUACGUGAUCGACUACUACGACGCGCUCCCCGCCUACUCCAUCUUCAUCCACGCCAGCGACACACAACAACACAACGACCUCUUCGGGCCGCUCAACUCGCAUACCUUGCCGCACCUGCGCCUCGCGGCCAUCGACGCAGCCGGCUACGUCAAUCUCCGCUGCGAUCUUGAUCCAGGAUGUCCGAUCGCGGUGAAUCCGCAUGAUCCGACCGAGCAGGACUUGGCCGGCUACAAGGAACCUCGCGCGCACUUUGUCGAGAUUUACUCCGAGCUCUUUAAUGUUCCAGCCGAGCAGGUGCCGAAACAUGUUGGUGGGGUGUGCUGUGCGCAAUUCGCGGUCAGCCGGAAGAGGAUUUUGGAACGGCCGAAGAAAGAUUAUGAGCGGAUGAUGAAUUGGAUUGCGAACACUACUCAGGUGGAGAGUUAUGGGGUCGGUUGGGUGUUUGAAAAGAUCUGGCAUGUGGUGUUUGGCAUGGAUGCGACGCACUGUCCGGAUCACGACCAAUGUCGCUGUGACCUCUACGGCUGGUGCGGUCCCUUGGCCUCGGGGCAGACCCUCAAACCUUUAGACGCGAAAUCGCGACGAUAAAUAUA